AUGGCUCGCCCGUCUGACUCAGCACACAGGGAGAUGACCAACGGGGCGCACCCUGGUGGCCAGGCUGUGGGGGUGCACUCCGCCACACGCUACUUGCUGAAGAAGCAGCAGCGGCAGCGCGGCCCCCGUUCCUCUUCACCCAUGGGCAGGGUCAUCCUCAUCAACUCACCCGUGGACGGUGGCGAUGACAGCGAGGACAUUCACACUAUCACAGUGGACAAGAGCAGGGACGGCCAUCUGGGCUUCAGUGUGCGGGGGGGCUCGGAGCACGGCCUCAGCAUCUUCGUCAGCAAGGUGGAGGACAACAGUGCGGCAGAGCAGGCGGGGCUGUGUGUGGGGGAUAAGCUGGUGGAGGUGAACGGAGUCAGUCUGGAGAGCAUCACCAUGAGCAGCGCAGUGAAGGUCCUGACGGGCAACAACCGACUGCGCAUGGUGGUGCGGCGCGUGGGCAAGGUGCCCGGCAUCCGCUACUCCAAGGAGAAGACCACCUGGGUGGACCUGAUCCACCGCAGGAUGGUGGUGGAGGAGAGCGGCCGCACCCCCUCGGAGGCCAGCUCAAAUGGGGCCCUGCGGAGAAUUGUGCACCUCUACACCACCUCUGAUGACUACUGCCUGGGCUUCAACAUCCGUGGGGGCAAAGAGUUUGGCCUGGGCAUCUAUGUCUCCAAGCUGGACCCGGGUGGGCUGGCAGAGCAGAACGGCAUUAAGAUGGGGGACCAGAUCCUGGCAGCCAAUGGGGUCAGCUUUGAGGACAUCAGUCACAGCAAUGCAGUGGAAGUUCUGAAAAGUCACACCCACAUUAUGCUGACCAUCAAGGAAGCUGGGAGAUACCCUGCUUAUAAAGAGAUGGUGGCGGAGUACAGCUGGCUCAAUAAGUUGGCCAAUGGCCCACGGCAGUCCUCAUCGCAGGGCUCGGACUCCACCUCCUCAGUGUCCUCGCUGUCCUCGGGCACACCCGUCAGCUUGCUCAGCGGCCUGUCGCAGGUGAUGCUCCCGCCGCACCUGCCACGCCCACCCUCCUUUGGCUCUGAGAUGGUGGACGUCUGCAUCUCCACCGAGGACUCUCCCCGCCGCCAGCCGGGCCCUGACUGCACCGCCGAGACCGCCAUCCAGACCGACCCACCCCUGGCAGACGCGGACACCAGCCGGACGCUGGGCGCCACCGUCCUGCUCCGUGACACGGCCAUCCGGAGCGAGAGCACGGAGAGGGGCGUACAACCACGGGCCAGGGCCUCCUCCAUGGUGGGGGACUCUCCCAAAACGGCUGUGCUCAUGGCCCUCAGCAAGCCCAGGCGCCCCAUUCAGCGGUCGCAGAGCCACAUCACUGUGUCAGGUAUAACCUGUGACAGGAGGAAGAAGAAGAAGCAGAAGGGGAAGGUGGAGGGCGAGGGAAGCACCCUGCAGCGCUCCAAAACCUUCGUCAACCUGCUCUUUCGGAGCGGCCGCAAAAGGGAAGCGUCCCGGGACAGGAGGGAGGGGGACACUGGGGAGGCAGGCAGGGGGCGCUCCAAAUCCCCCUCCCACUCCAAAUCUCCCUCCCUCUCUGCGGCAGACCAAGGAGGCCGGGACCACAGCUCCUCCUCCGGCCUGGAGAUGCUCGACGUGGUGGAGGACAUGGCCAGGAAGCUCCUGAGUGAGGAGGAGGUCUCAGCGGUCAUGGCACACUGCAGAAGGUUUGUGACAGAGCGUGUGGUGGAGGACCUAGUACGCCCCCUGCUGGCCCUCCUGGAUAGGCCGGAGAAGCUGCUGCUGCUCCGAGAGAUCAGAAUGCUGAUCCACCCCACUGACCUGGGUCGAUUUGACAGCAUGGUGGUCCCCUUCGAAGUGGAGGCCUACGACAUCUUAAAAAGCCGAUCUGUCAGGUCCCCAGUCCUGCGGUCCCCCCGAACUGGUCUGGCCCCCAGACGGCACCUCAUCACCCCCAUCCCAGACUACAGAGGAGGGUUCCUCUUGCAGCCCGCGCAUGACCUGGAGAGGGACAGGCAGCUGAUGGAGGAGAUCGAAAGGCUGCGCCUCUCCAGGCCGCAAGACACCACCCAGUACACCUCCCGGGCCUUCACCCCCCUCCUGGAUGUGCCAGUGGAUGGCUACCCCACCGACUACCCCCGCUCCACUGGCCCCACCCGCCCCAACUGGCUGUUGGCCGACUCCAUUCAGAGCACGGCACCAUGCUCACCUUCAAGAGGGAAGAGUGGCACAGUCCACUCCGAGGCUUCCAUGCACUCUGCGUCCAGCGGGGGAGAUACCAUUCCCGAACGAGGGAGAUCACCGCUCAGGAAUGGCCAUACCGCGGCAAAAAAGGACAAAGGAGACCCUUUGGACAAAGGCAAGGACACGCUGUAUGGGCUGGUGGGCUCGCCCCGCCACUGCAGGCCCCCGCUGUCCGUGGUCUUUGGCCCUGACCCCGCCUCAGCAGCCGCCCCUGGGGUGAAGGCGGCCAGGGCACAGGAGAACGGACACGCUGGCCCCUCCCUCCAGAAUGGACAUGCCAGCCCUGCCCCUGUCACCCAAGAGUAUGAGCUCACCACUGUCUCCAUCUCCAAGACCAAGCAGUCCCUGGGCAUCAGCAUUUCGGGGGGGAUAGAGUCCAAGGUGCAGCCGGUUGUAAAGAUUGAGAAGAUAUUCCCAGGAGGCGCCGCUUCCACCAGCGAAGUACUGAAGGCCGGGUUCGAGCUGGUCUCCGUGGAUGGAGUGUCUCUCUGUGGAGUUACGCACCAGCAUGCUGUGGAUGUGAUCCGACAGGCUUUCAGCAACAAGGCCAAAGACCCCAUGGUGUUCGUGGUGAAGGUCCCCAAAAACCCUUAA